UCCUCGGUUCCUAAAUACUUAUCUGACCCUGGCCCUGUUCGUCGUCUCUAGUCCGAUACAGGCGGCACAUCCAGUUGCCGCCGGCCUCAUCUCCUACUCUGCUUCCCCCUCGCCGCCCGCCGGAGGAGUACGCUGCCGGGCAAAACAGAGUAACAAACGGUGUUUUCUUGGGUGUGGUUCCGGGGGACCGGCGCCUGGUUGCAACGGCGACUCGUCCUUUCGUGCGACCGGUGGCGGCACAACUCGAUCCCGACCCUCGAUCGGGUACCACGUCCUAUUCGGAUCGGACCACCCGGAUCAAUAAAGGGAGAGGAUCGGAGCUGCAAAUCCGUGGCGUUGAGGCUACCACCAAGACAAUCCAAUUCUCCAAUCCAGAAGUCCAGAGAACCCACGCCGCGAAGAGACCCUAGCCGCUCCACGACGGGCUCCUAAUAUUUGCCUGGAGAUCCACUCCACCCUGACGCCGGCGAGAGAUCGAUGUCGGUUUACAUCGUGACCAGCGUGGGCGACAUCGUGGUGGAUCUUGACACCGACCUUUGCCCCCUCACCACCAAGAACUUCCUCAAGCUCUGCAAGAUCAAGUACUACAACGGCUCUCUGUUCCACAAGGUGGAGAAGGACUUCCUGGCGCAAACCGGCGACCCGACUGGAACCGGCACCGGAGGCGAUUCCGUGUACAGGUUCCUCUACGGCGACCAGGCUCGGUUUUUCCGCCACGAGAUCCGUCCAGAACUGAGACAUUCAAGGAUCAGCACGCUUGCCAUGGCGAGCGCCGGUGAAGACUGCAACGGCUCGCAGUUCUACGUCACCUUGUGGGACGACGUUGAGUUCCUUGAUGGUAAGCACACCGUGUUUGGGAGAGUUUCAGAAGGCUUUGACACGCUGACAAAGAUAAACGAAGCAUAUGUCGAUGGCAACAAGAGACCGUACAAGGACAUCAGGGUUAAGCACACGUAUAUCCUGGAUGAUCCUUUCGGCGAUCCUCCUCAGCUCGCUGAGUUAAUUCCUGAAGGUUCGCCCGUUGGAAGGCCACGAGAUGAGGCUGCCGAAGAGCGCUUGGAGGAUAGCUGGGUCCCUUUCGACGAAACCAUGACUCCUCAACAGCUCGAGGAGAUGAUGCGCUCUAGAGAAGCACAUGCCAAUGCAGUGGUCCUUGAAAGUGUUGGAGACAUUCCAGAUGCUGGAGUCAAGCCACCGGACAAUGUCUUGUUUGUUGCCAAACUCAACCCAGUUACACAAGAUGAAGAUUUAUACACCAUCUUUUCUCGUUUUGGGACUGUGACAUCAGCUGAAAUAAUUCGUGAUUACAAGACUGGAGAUAACUUAUGCUAUGCUUUUAUUGAAUUCGAGACAAAGGAGGCUUGCGACCGUUCAUAUCUUGAGAUGGGCAACUGUCUCAUUGACGACCGGAGGAUCCAUGUUGAUUUCAGCCAGAGUGUUUCAAGACUGUGGUCGCAGUUCAGACAAAGGAAACCGAAUUCAAAUAAAAAUGGGUGCUUCAAGUGUGGUAUUUCAGAUCACCUAGCCCAAGACUGUGAUCAAGGUGUCGAGCGGAAAAACAAAGGCCCAAAUUAUGUUCUGAAGGAUGAAAACACUCAACGAGGCGGUAAUAACCGUCGACGUUAUGAUAUAGUCUUUUUUGAUGAUGAUGAUGAUGCCGAUCAGUACGAUUGUCCAUAUCCUAUCCGAAGAAAGAUUCAAAAAGUCAAUGAUGAGGGUAGACACGACCAUCGUAACCAUUGCAAGCACCAAAGCAGGAGCAGAAACAGGGAAGAUGGUGAAUAUUAUCCGAUGAUCGCUGCAAGAGAAGCCAAAGUGACCACAGGAGAAGAUCAAGCAGGAGAGAAGACAGUGGACGCCCGGUAGCUAGAUAGAUUGUCGUAUCACCGUCGGUUGUAUCAUCGGAAUCUAUUCUCACCUGCAAUCAGAUCCCUCUUUGUCACAGGAGGAAUCAGAGACUGAAGUUAGUGGAGACUGUUGCAGACAAUGGUCCUCUGAGCACAAAAGAAGCUCUCUCAGUCCUUCUCACUGCGUUGCAGUCAUUCAGACAAGCUCUGAUGAAUGAUGGUAAAAGGAUCGUGACGGAGGUAGAUGCCUUCUUGCGUCCUAACGAGGAUGAGAAGAGUUCUCUUAUGAGCAAAAUCACUACUUUGGAUGCACAAUUGACUGCAUUCUCUGAGCUCUAUAACUCUGCAUGCCAACUUGCCAAGCACAGAAAGAGAAACCUGAUGACGACAAUUGUGCAAAGCGAAGCUGUCUUUAGCUUGUUGCCGGCCACUUCCUUUCCGGUUGGAGUAGCCUAUUAGGAGUGACCAUGGUCCGUAUGUACUUAUUCUGAUGGUACGAGUUUUUGUUGAAAUGCCUCGGUGUGUAUGUGCUGAACCGAUGAUGCGAGCUUUUGUUCAAAUGCCUAGCCUGGUACUUCAGUUUCUUGGAUGGUGUCAAAAGUGUAGUGUACGCUAGUUUCAUACUCUACUAGGCUGGCGGUGAGUGUAACAAUCAUUCUAUCAGGAUGACGAGUAUGAAGACAUGGAUAAGUCUUUAUCUUCCUAUAUAUGUAUAUGGUCUACGAAGAUUGUUGGAUAGAGAUGAAUGUUUUUUU